GCACCACAGUUAAUUUUCUCGCGCGCUGUACGAGCACGCGCGGUUCCGCUGGUUUUCAUCUCGACCCCUUACUGUGCUGGAAAGCAAUUACGCGCAUUUAUUAUUAUUAUUAUUAAUUUAUUUUUUUUACAUUUUCCAAACAUAGACUUUUCAAAUGGAGUUCGGUGGAAUCUUGGAGAAUAGUUCAUUGUGCAAAAAAGGCUUUAGACACCACUCGGAAUUAUCUUUGUGAACAUUGGGAACAUGUAAACCUUCUCUAUACAGUAAAAGGCGGGUCUUAAUUUUUUUUUUCAUUAUUCGCGCGAACUUUAGGCGAUGAUGACAAGGUGAAAAGUCUAGUGUUUUUCUUUAGGUCUAAAUUCAAUCUAGCAUUUAACACGGACGAUGAGAGCAACCUAUCGCUGUUCCUUGAGGUACCCCUGAUUUGACAAUGGUAACUUGCUUUUCUGGAUACAAUAAUUCAAGCUUUGGCGACACGGGGGUCAGCGGCACCGUAGCCGCUUUCCCUGGCCACACUAUGGUGAUCCUUGCUGUUUUAAUGAUAACCCUUGUUGUCGUGGUUGUAGUGGGAAAUGCGUUGGUCAUCCUUGCUUUUGUCGUGGACAAGAGUCUCAGAAAUCAAAGCAAUUAUUUCUUCCUUAAUUUGGCGAUAUCAGAUUUCCUUGUCGGGGCGUUCUGUAUCCCCGUGUACAUGCCCUAUAUCCUGACAGGCCGGUGGAUGCUGGGCCGGGGUCUCUGCAAGCUGUGGCUGGUCAUGGACUACCUGCUCUGCACCGCCUCUGUCUUCAACAUCGUCCUCAUCAGCUACGACCGCUUCCUGUCUGUCACCAGAGCCGUGCGGUAUCGAGCCCAGCAGGGUAUGACCCGUCUGGCCGUGGGGAAGAUGCUGGCCGUGUGGGUGUUAGCCUUCCUCCUGUAUGGGCCGGCCAUCAUCUUCUGGGAGCAGGUGGCCGGUGAGAGCAUCGUGCCGCCUGAUGAGUGCUUCGCCGAGUUCUACUGCACGUGGUACUUCCUCCUCAGCGCCUCCACCUUUGAAUUCUUCUCACCGUUUGUCUCCGUGGCCUUCUUCAACCUUAGCAUCUACCUCAACAUCCAGCGGAGGAACAGGAGCCGGGCCGCGCGGGCCACCGCCGACCGGGCUGAGGAGGGCUGGCGGGUGGCCGACGGCGCCACGUCCUCGGCUGUGUUCUUCGUCAAGACGCGCAAGGUCUCCUCAAGCGAGCCGGCUGCUGCGUCGGCCGCCGUCGAGGAGGACGAGGAGGUUUCGCCGUCGUCCAGCGGAGACCCCAGCAGCAGUCAUUCGGUGUCUCUGUCCAUGAAGACGGUCGGCAAGAAGAAAGGAGCGCUGAGGUGCUGGAUAAGGACCCGUGUGGUCCAAGUGCAGGGUCCCCCUAACUCUAACUCUUGCACCCCCUGUGGGGGUGGAGGCCAUUCGCGGCUUUCCCGGGACAAGAAGAUCGCCAAGUCGCUGGCGGUGAUCGUGUGCGUGUUCGGAGUGUGCUGGGCUCCGUACACCCUGCUGAUGAUCAUCCGCGCGGCCUGCAGCGGCGCGUGUGUGGAGCACCACUGGUACGAAGUCACGUUCUGGCUGCUUUGGCUCAACUCCGCCAUUAACCCCUUCCUGUACCCGCUGUGCCACAGCAGCUUUCGGAGGGCGUUUGCCAAGAUCCUUUGCCCCAAACGGCAGUCUGUGGGGCCGCAUGAGGACAUCCCAUCCUGCCAGUGAGACGAUACUCACAGGGAAUUAUGUGCAAAUCAGCAACUCAUAAGAUGACAAAUGUUCCACUGAGGGCUUAUUUCUGGCGGAGAUCAAUACAGCUUAAUCACACGGAGUGAAAACGGGUUUUCAUUUCCUGUGUAAAGACAUGAACCUUUAUUACAGUUAUACUCUUAUAUGUUCUUUUUUCCCCCCUACUUCACCAAAACUGCAAAAACCAGAUUCACCACCACCUUGUGAAAACACUGCAUAGAAAGUUGAAAAGCAGUAGUGAGAAAAGUGAUGCAUCAUUGUUAUGUGCAUGUUUGGGUCCAUCGGUCACCCAUUUGUUGUUAUACCGUUUGUCUUGUGGAUGCCGCCCCUGACUGGCCUUACACACAACUCUGAGAAUAGAGACAGUGCAAUAGUAUAGGCAGCUGCUGAUAAAAGCAUUCUAGUGGUUGUUUAGCUCUCUGUCUCUAAGCCCAGCACAGCUGUGGAGAGAUUAACCAGCUGUCCUGUGUAGGACUCCCAAUGUAGUCUAGUGGCGUUUUCGAACGUGACACAAGCUGACAUUAUAUUUGGGUGUUUUGGUUUUUUUUUUGGUUGUUUGUUUUUUGUGGAAUGAGUCUUGUUUGUACAAGUUUUAUUUUCAGAAUGGCACAUAUGAAGCACUGCACUUAAAUUUCAGUAAAUGUUUUCUUUAAAUCCAUCACGUUUUAGUUUAAUACUUAAAAAGGAACUCAGACUCUGAGCAUAAUUGCACCCACAAAUGGUGUGCGGUUAUAUUGUUGGCCCAUACAUAAUUACAUAUGUGUUGUAGCUAUACUAUUUGAGAAAUAACUACAAAGUUUUUAGAACUUGGAAACAAUACUGUAAAUGGCAGCUUUUUAAGAAAGAUUGUGUGUGUAAUUUAGUUCACGGCUAACUUCACAAAGAGAUUAUGACCAUUUAAAAUGCUUUGUGACCAUUUGUGACUACUUUAAAUACCAUGCAGUGUAUUAAAGGUA